AUGUCACAUCAAAUGUUUUUGGGAUUAGGUGGUAAAAGAAUGGCUUCAUCCAAACCACAAAACUGUGAUACGGAAAGUCAAUCAAUACAUUAUCCUGAAGUAUCAAAAACCAAAAAUCCAUCAUUAAUGUCACAGGCAUCUUCGACAACUAUUAUACCCACUGCUAGUCGAUCGGUUGAUCCUGUUAAUACAUCAAUAACAGCACCUGAUCCGUCAACAAUUACGCAGCCUUUUACAUGUAACCAAUCCUCAAAUGAAAAGAGCCUAAUAACAUCAAAAAAUAUAUUAAAUGGACACCAUCCCUCAUCAUCUGGUAAAAACAUACGGACAACUUCAGAAUCAACAAUUUCGGAUGAUAAAUCAACACCACUUCCAUCAUCCGAAAAUUCAAUUACAACCCCCCCUCAAAAAGAGGGUAAUGUACCAAAGAACAUUUCCAGCUUUAACGAUGUAAGGAGCAUGCAAUUGAUAUCACAGAAUAAAUCAAUGCAAAACGAUGCUCUCGAAAUUCCAUCAGAACCAAAUAUUCCAAAAAGUCAUCAUUCGACAAAUAGUAACGGAUUCCCACCGCUUGCUAACUCAAAUGCAAAUAGUGGACAUUCUGUCAAGCCCGCGUCGAAUUGUAAUCAUCAGACAAUUCAAAUAAAUGGCCAAAUUAUAGAUGAAUCAUCACAGACUACGACAUCUGUUACAAGUAACAACAUAAAUGGCAACAAUAAUAAUAAUAUUGUUAACACUACUACUACUGGAAACUCCACUCCCAAAAAUGGUACCCCUACUCAAGAUGUUGGAAAUCAGCAGCUUGCGAAAAAUACUAGCAAUGGCACAUCGACUAAUAAACAAAUGAGAUGGGCUGAUCUAUUUAACAAAUCCGACGAAACACCAACUGCUGCAUCGUUAAGUGCUCCUAAGCCAACUUUAGCUAAGCCACCGCCUUCUAGCAAACAAGAAAAACCGACUACUCCUUUACCUAAUGGAAAACCCGCCGCGGGAGGGUUGGCAGCAUUUGGUGAGCCGAUUUUACCAGACUAUGUGUAUGAUGCCUUACGUGGCCUCAAAAGGUUUGAUUCUAUGAAAGGACGCCAAGAAGACGCUGAAGAAUUUCUUGGCUUUUUACUUGAUGGGUUACAUGAAGAAUUUUUGGCGGAAUCGCAGGGAACCCGUAAUAAACAAUCAGCCAAUGGUAAUAAUGAUUUGGCUGAAAAACCUGGUUCUAACAAAAAUGAUGGAAAUGAAAACGCGUGGAUGGAAACUGAUAUUGAAGAAUCACCAAUCAGUCGUAUAUUCGGAGGUCAACUUCGUUCAGUGCUUCAGUGCCCGGGAAGUAUUGAUUCUAUAACACUUGAGCCAUUUCAAUCAUUACAACUUGAUAUUCAGCCUGAUGACGUAAAAACUGUUGGAGAUGCACUCAAAAAUCUUACCAACCCUGAAUAUGUCGAUGACUUUUAUACAGCAAAGAAAGACUUGGUUCGUGCUACCAAAAGAUUAUACAUAGAAACACUUCCGCCUAUCCUUACUCUUCAUUUAAAGAGGUUUGUGUAUGACAAUGUUGGUGGAACACAAAAAUUGAGCAAACAUAUUGGAUAUUCGACAACGUUAUCAAUUCAACAAGUGGUGUAUCAUCAUGGCAAAUCUGCUACUGGCGGUCAUUACACUGCGGAUAUUCUUCGUUAUGACGACGAAUGGCUUCAUAUUGAUGAUACAUCAAUUACGCAAAUUUCAGCAGAAGAAGUUGCGAUUUUGGAAAAUCCCACCCAACCGACUGAUCUAAUUGAUACUAUUGCAAAAUAG